AACAACAGGCAGGAGCCGGGGUAGCCGUGGCUUGCAGGGCUGUCGCGCUGGCCCGGCCUUCCGCUUCUCUCCUCCUCUUCCUCCCCUGAUGCUGUUUUGGCGAAUCCGGUCCAGCCAGGCAGGAGAGCCCUGAAGACGGCACCAAGGAGACAGAGAGAGCAAGAGAGGAGCCUGGGGCCACGUCUCCGCCGCCGUCUCCCCGACACCCUCAUCCGCACCCGGCACUCCUGGGUGCCUCUCCUGUCAUUCCCUCCCCUCCUCCCCCCUUUCCCCUCCUCCUCUCCUUCCACCCAUCCAUCCUUCUCUCCCUCCCUCCCUCCUUGAGCAUCUUCUCCAGCGGUGCUCAACUGGUUGGCGAUGAUGCUGCUGCUGCCAUCCUCGGAGAGGCUGAGCGCUUGAGAGCCACCCAAGAAAAAGCCGAGGCGAGAGGGAGGAAUACAAAGCACAGCAAGCAGGCUCAACCAACGCUCCACCACCUCCUCCUCUAAAUAUAUCUCAAGCCCAAGCAUCCAACAAAGCCACCAGCUGAGCGAGCCAGAGAGUUGGCUGGACCAGAGAGAGAGAGAAAGAGCGAGAGCGGCCGCCGUCUGUCUCUCCUUCUGCCUCCUCCUCUCUUCUAGCAUGGUGGAUGUAUGGACAGUCUCGCCGAGCAGAGGUUGACAGCCCCCGGCCUCCCCGCUCCACAUCUGGAACACUACAGCGUCCUGCACUGCACCAUGACCUUGGAUGUCCAGACGGUGGUGGUCUUCGCCGUCAUCGUGGUCUUGCUCCUGGUCAACGUCAUCCUCAUGUUCUUCUUGGGCACCCGUUGA